CAAUUUUUAUAAAAUGUUAAAAUAUUUUAGCACGCAUAUCAUCUUGUGACGACCCAACACGUGUGAAGUCCACAACCUACCCAAAACAUACUCCGGUACAUAGCACCGCAGCAAAUCCCUCCCCCCCACACAACCAGUACCACAAACUAACCAAACAAUCAAAUCAUCAGAAAACACAAACAAUUUUUAUUUUUAUUUUUUUAAAAAACACAACACGUCAAUAUCAACGGUUGAGAUCUUGUGCCCUUCUGAAUCGAACGGCCACCAUUUCCUGUCGGAUCACCUUGUCUCUUCCUCAUUCUCUCUUCCUUCUUCUGCUACCAUUGGCACUCAGAAACCAGAAAAAAUUAUCUACGAACCUCACCCACAUAUAUUCACACUCGCACAUGAACGCAAACGCGAAGAAGAUAUUCGAACUUUUGAUUUUCACGUUUUGGGUCUCUCUCUAAUUUUCCAAUGUCAGCGUUGGAGUAUUUAUCUCCCUUAACAUACACCAAAAUCUAUCUCAAUUCUGACUCCACCAAAUCCAAUUUCCACCGCUGGCGAAAACCCUCCACGCCGUUUCGCCAAAACGCGUGUCGUUUUGUCCCCAAUUCGGUGCCCGUUAGGGUUCCGAGCUUAUGGAGGGACUCGGGAAGGUUCGAUUUGUGGGGAGGGUUGAGAUUGAAGAGGAUUCACGGUGGCGCCACCAGGGCUAGUGGCGGGCAAGAAAGCGAUUCCGGCGAGAAGAGCGGGGAGGGUCAAGGAGUGGAUAAGGGUUCGAGCGGGUCGGGUUCGAACCGGAGGAGGGAGAAACAAGGGAAGGGUUGGUGGUGGUGGUGGUUAGGUUCGAAGGGUAGGAAGUGGCGGUGGCAACCCAUUGUGCAGGCUCAGGAGGUUGGGGUUUUGCUUUUGCAGUUGGGGAUUGUGGUUUUUGUUAUGCGGUUGCUUAGGCCUGGGAUUCCCUUACCUGGCUCCGAGCCAAGGGCUUCAACCUCUUUUGUUAGUGUUCCUUAUAGUGAGUUUUUGAGUAAGAUAAAUAGUGAUCAGGUGCAGAAGGUGGAGGUUGAUGGGGUCCACAUCAUGUUCAAGUUGAAGUCUGACGUGGAUGCUGGUGAAGUUGCUCCUUCUCCUUCUCCUCCUCCUUCUUCUUCUUCUUCUUCUAAGUUGCAGCAGGAAUCAGAGUCUUUGGUUAAGAGUGUUGCUCCUACCAAGAGGAUUGUGUACACUACUACGAGGCCUAGUGAUAUAAGAACACCUUAUGAGAAGAUGAUGGAAAAUGAGGUGGAGUUUGGGUCACCGGAUAAGAGGUCUGGUGGAUUCCUCAACUCUGCUUUGAUAGCGUUGUUUUAUUGUGCUGUGCUCGCAGGGCUUCUCCAUCGUUUCCCUGUUAGCUUUUCUCAGCAUACAGCCGGUCAGAUUAGGAAUCGCAAAUCAGGAACGUCUGCUGGUACAAAGUCAUCUGAACAAGGUGAAACGAUCACUUUUGCUGAUGUUGCUGGUGUUGAUGAGGCUAAAGAGGAGCUAGAAGAGAUUGUGGAAUUUCUUCGAAAUCCAGACAGAUAUAUACGACUUGGAGCUCGUCCUCCCCGAGGCGUUCUCUUGGUGGGUCUUCCUGGGACAGGUAAGACUUUACUAGCAAAGGCUGUGGCAGGGGAAGCUGAUGUGCCAUUUAUAAGUUGUUCUGCUAGUGAGUUUGUAGAAUUGUAUGUUGGUAUGGGUGCUUCCCGUGUAAGAGAUCUCUUUGCAAGGGCAAAGAAAGAAGCGCCAUCAAUAAUAUUUAUUGAUGAGAUAGAUGCUGUGGCUAAAAGUCGUGAUGGUAAAUUUCGCAUUGUCAGCAAUGAUGAACGAGAACAAACCUUGAACCAGCUGCUCACUGAGAUGGAUGGGUUUGACAGCAGUUCUGCAGUAAUUGUUCUUGGAGCAACUAAUCGUGCAGACGUCUUAGACCCUGCACUCCGCCGACCAGGAAGAUUUGAUCGAGUUGUUGUGGUGGAAACACCCGACAGGAUUGGAAGAGAAGCUAUCCUAAAAGUUCAUGUUUCCAAGAAAGAACUUCCUUUAGCUAAAGACAUUAACCUUGGUGACAUUGCUUGUAUGACCACUGGUUUCACAGGGGCGGAUCUUGCAAACCUAGUAAAUGAGGCUGCUUUAUUGGCUGGAAGACAAAACAAAGUUGUCGUGGAGAAAAUUGAUUUCAUCCAAGCGGUGGAAAGAUCAAUAGCUGGCAUAGAAAAGAAGACUGCCAAGUUGAAAGGAAGUGAGAAGGCUGUAGUUGCACGGCAUGAAGCUGGUCAUGCUGUAGUGGGUACUGCAGUCGCAAAUCUUCUUCCUGGACAGCCACGCGUUGAGAAAUUAAGCAUAUUGCCGAGGUCAGGAGGGGCUUUGGGCUUUACUUACACUCCUCCAACAAAUGAGGACAGAUACUUGCUUUUCAUUGAUGAGUUGCGUGGACGCUUGGUUACCCUUCUUGGAGGACGUGCAGCAGAAGAAGUUGUUUAUUCUGGUCGAGUAUCAACAGGUGCACUUGAUGACAUACGGCGAGCAACUGACAUGGCAUACAAAGCUAUCGCUGAAUAUGGUCUUAAUCAGACAAUAGGCCCUGUGUCAAUUGCCACUCUUUCUAAUGGUGGAAUUGAUGAGUCUGGGGGAUCAGUUCCUUGGGGAAGGGAUCAGGGACACCUUGUUGAUCUUGUUCAGAGAGAGGUGAAAGCAUUGCUGCAGUCUGCACUGGAUGUAUCACUUUCCAUUGUGCGGGCUAAUCCUACUGUUCUGGAGGGUCUUGGUGCUCAUUUGGAAGAAAAAGAAAAAGUAGAGGGUGAAGAGCUACAGAAGUGGUUAAGAUUGGUGGUUGCACCAACAGAGCUUGCAAUCUUUAUAGAAGGCAAGCAAGCGUCUCUCCUCCCAUUGCAGACAGGUUCCUGAACAGUUGAGAGUUGUGUAUUAUGCUACCAAUGUCAAGUGGAUUCGAGGUAUGAUUUUUGAUGUCGUUUGACUAAAGCCAGUGAAGUUAUAUCUCAAAACAGCAUGAACUCACCCUUACAACACUGUAAAUUCCUGUAAGGUGAAUUUUGGCAUCAUUUUUAACACAGCCAGCCUGUUAUUUGUGUUAACUCAUAUUCACUCAUCCAAAGCCAUAGGGAAAAAAGAAAGAUGAAGAAAUGCAUACUAGUUCCUCUCACCAACUACAUAUAUACUGGUAAUUGCAUUUGUUGUAUAUUGAGUUAUUGACUAUUAUUUCAGUCAUGAUGUGACUGUUUGCAAAUGUAAUUGAUAUAUAGUUGUAUACAUUAUGAUUCUGUGGAAUAUAUAGAGCUCUGCUAUAUGUUACACCAAAAUAUUUAUCCAUAUUGUAAGUAAAAUGGAUAGUAAUGAAGAAUGAAGACCGAUUUCAAAUCCUCCCCAUCAAAGCAGGGCCAUCCAACAACUGCAAUUGUAUUGGGGCAACAUCUCUCAGAUAUGCUGUCAACUGAGUAAAAAUUUUGGGAUGGGUAAUAAUACCACGUGGGAUCUACCAUAUUGUAAGAGAGAUAACUUUAAGAAGAAUUUCUUCCCCCCUACCCCAUCUUGGGUAGAAAGACAAAGGGGAGGAAUUGACCCUAUAAUUUGUUGACUUUGCAUCAUUUUUUUUUGUUUUCUUUCAGAACUUCAUUAAGGUAAGCAGUGACAAGGAUAGACUCUUUCUAGUACUUUGUCUUAGGGUGAAUCAUUGAGAUUAAUUUGUAUUCAUAUAUAGUAGGAUGUUGUGAUAUUUUUUAAGGGAGAACGAAAAAUAUCUGGUGUUCCACGAAUGCAACUUUUUUGUACUUUACUGGAAAAGGAGGAAUAUAAAACUAACCUGCAAUGGGCUUGUGAUGGGCUUGUGGUGGACCAUUAUCCCAUGUGGCUCAAUUUUUUUGGAAAGUUCCGAUGUCAUGUUCAUAUCAUUUAAAUCAUUAUCUCAUAAUAUCCAUAAUCAUAGUACUGCUCAGAAGAGCUUAGACAAUCAAAACUGCAAGUGGAGAGAAAUAUUGGUGUACAGCUGCCUGGCCCUGGUGGCAUUAUGAAAAUUAUUGAAAACCUUUUCUUUG